UCCUUACUAUUGCACUACCCCGUUGGCGGUGUAUUGAAACGACAGUUUUCAACGUGCGCUGAAGUGUCACCACAUGGAAUAGUCUAAGGGAUAAUGUAAAAACUUGAAAACACAAAUCUAGCCUCAUAUUUUGUGACGCUCAAUUUCAUCCUCAAAAUGGAGUACUCCUGCUUCUAGCUAUUCCUGGACGAUUUCUUCAUCUGAAUUCUACUUCAGAGAACCAAAUUCUCUUAUUCUCAUCUCUUCAAACAACUAAAACAUAUAGACACAAGAUUAUGGGGUCUAAAGUAAACCCCACAAACCCUCUAAUUCUUUGCAACAAACUCCCAACAAAAAGACGAAGGAUUUGCCCAAAAACCACAUCCUUCUCUUCCGCUUCCUACAGCCAAAAUCAGCAAAAACAGGCUUCCACAUCCACAGCUAAUAUUAGUACUCAAACGCAACAGCUAAAAUCUGAGCUUUACACUGUAAAUUUCAGGACUUUGGGGGCUUGCAAGCUUGGAAUUUCCAGGUAUCCUGAUUUUGAAUACAAUGCUGAAGGUGGGGAAGGAACUGGGUCUGGUUCAAAGGUGUUAGAAAGCAACUCCAAUGAUGAUGAGAUUUUGGUUUCCUUUGACAUUAAGACACUCUACAUUCCACCAUUGACAAGUUCGACUACGAAGUUCUUGGGUUUGCCGCUGCCACCGUUUUUGAAGAUCAGAAUUGACCCUGAAAUCUUCCGAGGAAGCAUCAAUCAAAACACUGGCAAGGUUAAUUUUGAAUUCAAGGCCAAGUUUUGGUUUUCAGUUGGGAGCAUUUAUAAAGCUCCGCCGCUGGUGGUCGCGACGGUGUUGACAUCUGAGGAGUCAGUGGGGAAAAUAAGAAGUGGAAGAGGGGACAGGUUGGACAAAGAAGGAAAAUGCAGAUUGGUAGGGGUGGCAACAGUUGAUCCUAUUGAUGAUUUCCUCAUGAAUUCCUUCCUUGGACUGCCUACUGAAUGCCUUGCCAACCUCAAUGCCAUUAUCUCCUCUAAUUCUUCUUGAAUCUUGAAUAAACCAGUUAUACAUAUCCCAAAUACCUUUUUCUCUUCUUUUCCUCUUUUACUUUGUUGAAAUGUAUAUAAUACAUUAAAACAAGAAUCUUUGCUUAAAGCAUUAUUCAAUAGUUGUUAUACAGCUACAAGUGACUUACAGCUAUU